GUCAGUCCGAGUCGUCCUCCGAGGACAAUCUACCGAUGCCGCGGAAGGCUUCAAAGGGGGGAAAACGCCGCCACAAGCAUUGCUGCGGGAAGCGUGCCAAGAAGUCCCGGGACGGGUCUUCCUCCUCAACUACAGGCCUAGCAGUGGUUCGCGUCUGGAUUAUGGGACACAGCAUUGUCCACUGGGCCGGUGUCAGAGCUCGUGAAUCAGGAAUGGGUCCUGCUCUGGGUCUUCCUCGGCAUGUGCACGUGUCCUGGUUCGCCAGACGGGGGAUGCUUUGGGGUGAACUGCUCCCGAUGGUGCGGACUCUCAUGGCAAGGGAGGGCCCCCCUUCGGCCAUUGUGAUACAAUUGGGGGAAAAUGACUUGGUUUCGGUGGGCUGCCUGGUGUUGCGUUCCUUAAUCCUGAAGGAUUUGGAGGAACUGGUGUCGACUUUGCCGACCACUAAAGUAUUUUGGUCACAUUUUUUGCAAAGGCGUGUCUGGCGUGACAGCCAUCGUCCCGCGGCUACAGAAAGCGCUAGGAAGCGGGUUACGGCAGCGGCAGCCCACAAAGUUUUGUCGUUGGGCGGAGCAGUUAUCGCGCACCCAGAAAUCACCUUCAAGGCAAUAACCCUUUUCCGGCCGGAUGGGGUGCAUCUGUCACCUUUGGGGUGUGACACUUGGCUGCAAGCCGUGGCUUCAAACUUGAAGGAUGGGCUGGGUUUGUGAGUGGUUGGCGGCGAGCUCGUUUGCUCGGUGGCGG